GCGCUGUACCAUUAAAAUCACUGAACAAAACAUGGCGGUGAGUGAACGAGAAGGUAGAAAGACAAGUGCGAGAAUGUCGGAUAACAAACCAGUUGGCCAGCCUCGGAAUGUUAAACUACCAUUUGCCAAUGAUGGAAGUUUUCUAGAGAUGUUCAAAAAACGAAUGGAAGCUAUGGAGAAAGCUAAACAGCCUGAAAGUGAUGCGACGUCAUCUAAGAACAACGAAGAUACGAACUCUUCAUCUAACUCUGCGAGCACUAGUUCUACUAGUGAUGACGAACGAUCAUCAUCUCAACAAUGCGACGACUCCAAAACACCCCCGAUAAAACCGGCGUUGCAGUUACAGGGAAAGAGAAAGUUUCUGACUGGCCGUAUGGGUGGUGCAGCUAGACAGCUUCAGUUGAAGAAGAAGAAAGAGGAAAAACUAGCCGCUGAACAGGAGAAGAACUCAACCAAGCAGCAGCAGGAUGAUAGUAAGAACACAGCUUGGAAUGCUUACCUAGAGGAGGUAAAGAAAUACAGAGAGACUUCAUGCACAGAGGAAGUAGACAGAGUCCGGCCUCUAGUCAAGUGAUGAAAAUAUAUUUAUAUGUGUAAUGUGAUUAUAACAAGUGGUUUACAUAUCCAUGAAAUAGCCUUAGAUUUACUCAGCUUUAAAACACUCUUUUUUUCCCCUUUCUCAUUGUAUCAUAGGUGAGGUUUGUUACCCAGAACUCCACAUAUUUCUUUGAGCCACAGCUAUUUGCUCUAGGUCAUGCUACUGGAAAGGUAGUGUCCAACUAGGGUUUGGCCCAAGCCAUGACCUAUGUAGUAAAUGGCAUUUCAGUCCAUUGAACAGAUUGUUGCAUGUAGACACCCUGUUACACCCUAUUGGACAUUAGUUCUACAACUGUGGUUUUGGUAUCUAUUAGUUAUUUGAAACUUUGGAUAUAUUUUUGUGCAUGUCCAGCAAGUGUCAAUACUAGUGAAAAUUUCCAUAUUUAGAACAGCCCAGUGUUGUGUUUUAUGUAUGUAUAUAUAAUUAUGUAAAUAAAAAAAAAUCAUUUGCCUA